CCUGGCAGCGCGGCGCCCUCCGCUGCUCCCGGACCGCCCCGGGGCCAGCGACUGCCCUCCGGGCGAGCGUGGCCUCCGAGGACAUGUGGUCCGGGCCCAGCGCUUUCGGUUCUCGGAGGAGCCGGGCCCGGGAGCCGAGGGGGCCGUGCUGGAGGUCCACGUCCCGCAGGUCCUGCAUCUCCAAUAUGGAAUGUAUGUUUGGCCCUGUGCUGUGGUCCUGGCCCAGUACCUGUGGUUUCACAGAAGAUCUCUGCCAGGCAAGGCUGUCUUAGAGAUAGGAGCUGGAGUGAGCCUUCCAGGAAUUACAGCUGCAAAAUGUGGUGCCGAAGUAACACUGUCAGACAGUUCAGAGCUGCCUCACUGUCUAGAAGUCUGUCGGCAAAGCUGCCAAAUGAAUAACCUGCCACAGGUGCACAUUGUAGGACUAACAUGGGGUCACAUGUCGCAGGAUCUUCUGGCUCUACCACCACAAGAUAUUAUUCUUGCAUCUGAUGUGUUCUUUGAACCAGAAGACUUUGAAGACAUUUUAACUACAGUAUACUUUUUGAUGCAAAAGAACCCCAAGGUCCACUUAUGGUCUACUUACCAGGUAAGAAGUGCUGACUGGUCACUUGAAGCUUUGCUCUACAAGUGGGAUAUGAAAUGUGUCCACAUUCCUCUGGAGUCUUUUGAUGCAGACAAGGAAGAUAUAGCAGAAUCUACCCUUCCAGGAAGACAUACUGUUGAAAUGCUGGUCAUCUCCUUUGCAAAGGACAGUGUCUGAAUUACACCUACAAGCUGUUUUGGGACAAGGUCAAUACUGAUUAGCAACCUGGUAUGCCAACUACGACUCAAACCACUUUAGCUUCUUGAGUACAAGCAGUACCAUCUGAAGAUGGUCAGAUCUGCUGGCCUGAGAUUAUGGUGGGUCAUCUAGACAACACUCAUGGGUUAUGUAGCCAUGAAAACAAAAAUUAAAACAUCUAUAAGAAAAAGGACUUGGAUUGUUCCUAAGUCAUCAAAAUAGGGCGUAAGUUAGGUUGUGAGAGAAGGGGGUACCCACAACCUCGACAAAGUGCUACCUUAGAGCACUGCUUUUAGGGAUAGUGGGUGCUGAACUGGCAUUUCUACUUUUUAACUUAGGAAAAAAGGUCAGUUACUAGACGUUUAACUUUCAUACUAUACACUCAGUAACAUUAACAAGAUAAUUACACAGGUCUUUUGAAUAAAGGGGGGAAAAAAAAGACCAAGACAUAUUCUGAGAAAAGCUAACACCAAGAAAACGUUUUAAUUAAACUACAGCAACAAUGGUCAUAAUACAGAAUAUUCAAUAAUGAGCAAAAAGAUACACCAUGUUAUAAAGUACUUACAAAGUUACAAACCAUUUGCUUCCUUAACAUUUUCCAUAUUUUAAGUUCAUACAUGAAGAUGAUCAGAUUUACCAUUUUUAGGGGAGA